AUGGUCACACAAAAUGGAAAUGCCAGAUACCAUCCUCCCGAUAGUCGAAACGAUGUCAAGGGGCCUCAACAACGCCAUGGCGCGUUUCCGCAUCCAUUAACAAAAGUUACCACUUCCGGUCUUCCCCAAAAUGGCCCUCCCGUCAGCCCUGUCAGUCCCUACCGCGCAUAUCAACCCGGCAGAUCUCCGACCUACCAACCUACCAUUCCCGAAGCCUCCUCGAGUCACCUCAAUAUGGCCAAUGCCCCUCCAACUCAUCAAUCGCCUACGAGCCAUACUAGUCCCACUUACCGAUCCCCGACGUAUCAGGCGGCCACUGAUCAUGAUAGUCAAUCGUCAUGGCUCUCUAGGAACGAGAUGGAAAGGAGGCGACCAGCACUACAUAAUGGGAACCCUCGAAUUGGUCUAAAAUCUACCGCGUCAACUUCGAGUAUUCGCCCAAUGCAACAUUCGCAGUUCCGCCUUGAUCAGCUGCCGUUUACUUCAGGCCCUGCUCAGCUACGUUUCCCACCUCACUAUCAUCCGCCAGACGUUCGCAUUGACAGUGAAAUACGAUCCAGUUCGCAAUCUGCUUUGACAGCAUCGAGCGCAGAACCAACUAGUGGUACAGAAAGAAGCAGCAUUGUUACAAAAAACAGUUCUGUCACUGAUUUAUCGCCAGAAGAACCUGAUAUAGACGGAGGAUGGAGUGUUGAGGACGCUAUAUCACUGUAUCUAAAUGGCUUUACUGAUGAUCCCCCUGACCCUGCGACUGGUUCUCCGACAUAUGUUGGAGAAAUACCUGAGUCCCUGGUGAACGAAGCACCUGCGACCGGAACACCGAUGAAUGAGGUACCAAUGAUUGAAAGCCAAGUCGCUGAACGUCAAAGGUCUAUGGAACUCCAGGAGGCUAUAAACAGUGACAUGGCUCAUCCCGAAGCUCCUAUAGCAGUUGAAAUAAAACCUAUACACGCCUCUUUCCAGCGUCAACCCAUGAGGUUGGUAAUACCUCCUGCACUUCCGGGUAUAGUUCCACCCCCACGAUCUCCUGCAACUAGCCUACGUGAUCAAUAUGGCUUUCAAAGAUCGUCAAGCCAUAUCUCACCCAGUGGUUACGAUACUUGGUUUCGCUCCUAUUCUGCUUAUCAAGAGACCCGGAAACAGAAGUGGGAGGGGCUAUUAAAGGAAUAUGGCUUGCCAUGUGAUAACCCUCCUACUUUUCCACCAAAGUCUGCCAAGGUCAAACGCUAUAUCCGGAGAGGUAUACCCCCUGAAUACCGCGGGGCAGCUUGGUUUUACUAUGCAGGGGGUUACGACCGCUACCACAGAUUCCGUGGUCGUUAUCACCAGCUAGUCGAACAGACCAUGAAUGGACCAUCAAAUGACGACAAGGAGCAUAUUGAACGAGAUCUUCACAGAACAUUUCCGGAUAACAUCCACUUCAAGCCAGACCCUAUACCCCAGCCAGGAGUCCAUUCCUCUCCGGAUAGCGGCAGCAGUAAUCCAAAAUAUCUCUCUAAAACCCCAGAAGCCGAAAUCAUUCAAUCAUUGCGCCGUGUAUUGUAUGCAUUUGCGGCGCAUAAUCCAAAGAUCGGCUAUACGCAGUCUCUCAAUUUUAUUGCGGGGAUGCUUCUUCUGUUUCUUCCAGAAGAGAAAGCGUUUUGGAUGCUUGACAUUAUCACAUCAUCCUACCUGCCUGGAACCCAUGAGAUCAGCCUUGAAGGCGCAAAUAUUGAUCUCUGGAUUCUCAUGGUGGCUUUGAAAGAUUCAAUGCCUGCAAUAUACACUAAGGUUGCUAGCACAACGCCGACCACUCCCAAGUCUAAACCUCCACCAAUCAAUACCAAAACACGACUGCCCGACAUUACUCUUGGCCUAACGAGCUGGUUGAUGUCUCUGUACAUCGGCAGUCUACCACUUGAAACCACGCUGCGCGUAUGGGAUGUUUUCUUCUAUGAAGGGUCUAGAACCUUUUUCAGAGUCGCUUUGGCAAUUUUCAAGAGCAGCGAAAAGGAAAUACUCAGUCUCAGUGACCCGAUGGAGAUUUUCCAGGUGGUGCAAUCUGCACCAAAAAAACUUAUAGAUGCGAGUGCUCUGGUAGACGAGUGUUUCACACGGCGAUUCAGGCUGACCCAAGCCCGCGUCGAGGAGCUUCGUGCCGCCCGUAGAACCGCAAUCAGGGAAGAAAAGGACCGACUUUCAAUGCUGGCUAGUAGGGGGAACGCCCAAUCUGGAUCCAAUGGAUUGUCCACUGCUCGGGCGACAACCCCAUUACCUACAUCUUGGAGAAACCUGAAACACACGUUUAAAUGA